AUGUCUCAACCUCCUUCAAAAAUCUCACAAUUCCUAUCCGACAAACCACAAAUCGGCCCAGUUAGCGAAUCACCGCUCUUAGCUCGCCUCAAAAAUUUACUGCCACAAAUGGAAGAAGCUAACAAAAAUUUGGUGGCAUCAUCUUCUGGAGCUGAAGAAUUUAUCAUUGAAAAAGUUGAGGAGUCUUCUGAUUCAAGUUCCAGUUCGGAAUCCGAAUCGGAAGAUGAAGAUGAAGCUGGAGAAGAAGAUCAGGGAAAUCAAGAAGUUCAGAAGGCAGAUAGAAUCGAGAUUGAUGUGGAUGUUUUUAGAGAGAAAAAUAGUCGAGUUGAUAAUCGAGAUGUUAGUGUUCAAGAAGUGAAUGAGCUUCCAGAAGCUUUCCAAGCUGAAAGUUCUGGGAAUCCUGAAAAGGUGCUCAUUGAGGAGCUGUGA